ACACUCAUUUUGACUCAUCACUUGUACACAUACACACAAGAGGGGUGUGUUAUCCGAUGGGCGUUACCAUAUAAUUCGCCCACUAGUACAGCAUUGGUAAUUCAAACACGUUGGAUUAUUAUACAGAGAAGGAUAGUUUCCAUACAGUUUUCUCUUACCAACCAUACUCGAAUGUUUAUCAUAGUCGCCAGAAUAUCACUUUUGGGAAAUUAGUUCGCAGUAUCACCGAGCCAUAUUGGGUUACACAAGAGCAAGGAAGGAGAAAAGGUUUCGAAGAUGACGUCAUUGGCAUUUAAAGAACACAAAGAGCAUUUAAAGCGGCUGGGAAUCCCUCGUAUCGAUCCGAACAAGCAGUCUGUUGAGAAAACGGGCACAAAGGAAUAUGUUCAUGUCAACCCCAUCACAGCCAAACUUGGACCUGAUCUUGAUUUCUUCCAAGGAAUGGAAACUCUACAUGAUGUCUUCAAGAGGGGGAUGCGAUUAUCUAACAACGGAUCUUGCUAUGGAUGGAGGCCCGAACCUAAGGCACAAUACAGAUGGGUGACGUAUGAUCACAUUUACCAAAGAGCGGGAAACUUUGGAUCUGGUCUCAUAGCUGACGGGGUAGAGCCAGGACAACAGACUAUGAUAGGAUUGUACUCACAGAACAGAAUUGGGUGGAGCAUCACCGAGCAGGCAUGCAAUCGAUACUCAUUUGUUCUCAUCCCACUCUACGACACACUCGGUCCAGAGGCCUGCAAGUUCAUCGUCAACCAAGCUGAAAUCGGGACAGUGGUAUGUGACACGGAGAGUCGAGCAAAGCUUCUUCUGGAGAAAGCCGAUCAAAUGCCCGGUCUGAAAAGAAUUGUCAUGAUGAGCGCCAUCACCGACGAGCUGCUGAAAAAGACUGAGCAGUUGGAUAUCAAACUCCUUCAAUAUCGAGAAGUGGAGGAAAAUGGAUUGAACAACAAACAGCCAGACAUGCUCCCGAAGAAAAGCGACCUCUGCACAGUGUGUUACACCAGUGGGACAACUGGAAAUCCUAAGGGAGCUAUGCUGACUCACGGUAAUGUCAUCAGCAAUCUAUCCGCCUUCAUGGCACUCAUACACGAUAAAGCUCCGAUCUCAAACGAGACUCAUUUUUCCUAUCUCCCUCUGGCUCACAUCUACGAACGGUUUGCUCAGGCGCUUAUCCUAGCACACGGAGGCCGUAUUGGUUACUCUCAAGGUGAUAUCAAACUCCUUACUGAUGAUAUCCAAGCCCUGAAACCAACCAUCAUGCCAGUCGUACCAAGGGUUAUGAACAGGAUCUAUGACAAGUUUCUUCAGGGAGUGAAGGAGAAAGGCAAGCUGAAAUACUCUGUCUUCAACCUUGCAAGAAAGAAGAAACUUGCUCAGCUCAUGAAGGGUAAUACACGCACAGACACGAAGUGGGAUAAGGUCUUCAAACCAUUAAGAGAUAUCAUGGGUGGAAACAUUCGUUUCAUGACGACUGGAUCGGCGCCUACCACAGAAGAAACCAAAAACUUCUUCCGCUGUGUUCUAGGAGUGACGCUUCUGGAGGGCUACGGGCAAACGGAGACCACAGCGAUCGUAACAUGCGGUAUCCCGGCGGACAUGUCGCCUGGCCAUGUAGGAGCAGUACUGCCAAACACUGAGAUCAAAUUGGUUGAUGUGCCCGAUAUGAAUUACUAUGCAAAGAACGGGGAAGGAGAGAUUUGUAGCCGUGGUAGUAACAUCUUCAUUGGUUAUCUCAAGGAUGAGGAGAAGACUAAGGAGACAUUUGAUGAGGACGGUUGGAUGCACUCAGGUGACAUCGGAAAAUGGCUUCCGAAUGGUACACUCAAGAUUAUCGACAGGAAGAAACAUAUCUUCAAACUUCAGCAGGGAGAGUACGUCGCUCCAGAGAAAAUAGAAACUUAUUAUCAGAGGAGCGAGUAUGUGGCUCAAGUCUACGUCCAUGGAGAUAGCUUACAGAGUUACUGUGUAGCCAUCAUUGUUCCAGAUGAGGAGGUGCUUCUGAAAGUAGGAAAGUCAAAGGGACUUGGAAACAGCUUUGAGCAACUCUGCAAACUAAAGGAAGUCAACAAGAUGAUUCUCGACGAUUGUGUGAGAAUCGGGAAGCAAGCUGGACUCAACUCAUUUGAACAAGCAAAGAAAGUCUUCUUAUGCGCCGAACUGUUCUCCCUCGAGAAUGGACUACUCACCCCCACCAUGAAAUCGAAGCGCCCAGCACUGAAGAACUACUUCAAGAAUCAGAUAGACGCAAUGUACGGCCAAUAAAGCAGUCGGUACAGAUCUGUAUACAUUUGAGCUGCACUUUUGUAUUUUCCUGUCAUAUUAUGAUUUAUUACUUUUCCAUGUAUCUUUUUAUGUCUGCUAUUGUUUUUUGGUAACAAUGCGCAUUUUUUAAAACUUCAUAUCAUUUUUUAUCAUGUAAAGUAUUAAGACCUACCAUAAUAUGUUGAAGCAAAUUUUCAAUAUUUUCUAUGUAUGGAAAGAAGGGUCAUGUAAAACAUUUAUUAUGAUCCAAUAUCAUAAUGCAUGUUUGAAGCCAUGAACCUAUGAAAGUGCAUGAGGGCGGUUUUGGUCAGGAUGGGGGAGGGGUUCAUGGGGGACCCUAAUUGCAGAUUUCAAACUUUAUGAAAAUUAUAAUAGAGCUGGGGCCAGUAACACAAAGCUUAGCAAUGAUUGUAGAACAUUUUUCUACGAAUGAUUACAUUGAUUACAAUGUACAACCAAUCGUAGAAAAUCAAGCGUUUGAUUAAUCGUUACACUCUAAAAAAAAGGUUUACCCAAUGUUGGGUAAAAUGGGAACAUGCAUGUUGGUUGGGUAAAAAGUUACCAGAUAUUUUGUAAAUUUUACGCAAUGUUGCGUUAAAAUUUACCCUUUAAACAUUAAUUUUGCCCAAUAUUGGGGUGAAAAAAUACCCAGCAAACAUACAUGUUCCCUUUCUACCCUAUGUUGGGUAAAAUUUAACUCGGUGUUUUUAGAGUGUAACAAUUGGUUAACGGGACCCUGGAUUGAGUUGCUCAAUCAACCAUCUUUAUAUUAUUUGUGACAUUUUAAGAAAUUGGAGGUAAAAUUUAGUUUGUCGAUUUUUUUUGUGGAAUACUAUUUUUUUUAAGACAGUGUUGGUACUAUAUUUUGAAGCCAUUCAAAUUACAAUAGAAAAAAUUACUUAUUCAUGUUCAAAUAGCGAGUGUCUUUCCUACUUUAAAAAUGAUUUUCAGUAAUGACUUAACAGCAGUACUCGGGAGAAAUUUGACUUGCCUCUUUAAUGGAGGAGAAUGAUAAUAUUGUUAUAUUAUGAUAACAAUUAUUUGCCCAAAAUUGAUGAUAUUAACAAGAACCUAUUAUCCUCCUUCAUGAAAGCAGCAAGUCAAAUUUUAGGGGAAUAGGAAUAAUGGAACUUUUUACUAUUGUACAAAUAUUUUGAUUUUUAAAUAUAUAUCAUAGAAAUAUAAUGAUUCUUGACGUGUCUUUCAAAAACUUAUUAAGAACACUUGCAGGCGAAUGGAGUUAUCCGUACUCAUUUUUUACAGUGAAUAUAUCACGAGCUCGCCUCUUGUAUUUCUAGUUUUUAUCAAGUCUACAU